AUGCCAGCCAACACCGUCUGCUCGAGCUGCCUGCGGGCAAUGCGCCAGCAAGCUCGUCCUCGACCACAAAGCAGGAGCGUCCAAACAGCGCGAUCCCUCACAACAUCACGUCGCCUUCGUGCUCAAGAAGUACCAACGCAAGCCCGCCGGCCUCCUCCUCCUGCAGAAUCGCCCUUCAGCCAGACGACACCACCAGGUCCGCAGGACACCAAUGUCCCUCCUCCCGGCUUCCAGAACCUCGCUGAAACUCUCCGCAAAACAUCUCGAUCUACCACCGAGCCGUAUGUUGCGUAUGGAGGCACCGAAGACCUCUUUCGGGAAUGCAGCAGGCAAUGCUCAUAUACCAUUCCGUCCGCACUUGCCGAGAAGAUGGAAGAUCGAGUGCCGCCGAUGAACGCAGCUGGUGAUCAUCUUGGUGAAGGAUCUGGAUGGUGGUUGGAGAGCAAGGCGAAAGGAGGACUGGGCCUGGAAGCCACCUUCAACAGCUGGGCACAAGUCUUGUAUCUACACAUGUGGAUGAUCACCGUCAGGAUACGAUGCUUUCCCAAAGACUACGUCAGGAGCUGGGAGCAAAACCUGCUGGACCACUUCUUCUACGCCGCAGAAGAUCGCAUGGCGACGUGGCAUGGAAUGUCAGCAAGAGGCGUCAGAAACAAGAACCUGAAGGAUCUAUGGCUGCAGUGGAGAGGAUGCCAAUUGAGUUACGAUGAAGCUCUUGCGAAGGAGAGCGACACAGUCAUGGCGACAGCCAUUUGGCGGAAUGUGUUCAAGGCCGACGAGGGCGUCGAUGUUGCUGAUCUCGCCACGGUUACGGCAUAUACCAUGCGUGAAUUACAGCGACUUGGCAAACUGAGCGAUGCCGAGAUCUCGGAAGGCAAGAUCAAAUUUGGCGAGCCCAGAAGCAUCACAGAGAUUCUCUCGAAGCAGAGCCCGGCGUUCGUGCAGCGCCUUACAGCAGCUGAGUUGAAGGCGCCAGAGCUCAGUGGUCAGCCAUAA